ACUUACUUUAUACCACAGAUUAGUACAUAGCACGUUUUUUUUAAUACUUGCGAAUAUGGCAACACUACAGUAUUAUUAAAAAAUAUCCUUUUCCGGUAGUUCUCUUGAAGUGAAAGCCGACUUUAUUUCGGCUUUACUUCAAUAAGUCUAUAAAAUGGGUUUCGUCAAAGUUGUUAAGUGCAAGCAGUACUUCAAGAGGUACCAAGUUAAGUUCAAGAGGCGUCGUGAAGGAAAAACCGACUAUUACGCGCGUAAACGCCUUACUGUUCAGGACAAGAACAAGUACAACACCCCCAAAUACCGCCUGACUGUGCGUCUCUCCAACAAGGAUGUGACAUGCCAAGUAGCAUACUCUCGCAUUGAGGGAGACCACAUUGUCUGUGCUGCAUACUCUCACGAGUUGCCCAAGUACGGCAUCAAGGUAGGUCUGACCAAUUAUGCGGCUGCCUACUGCACAGGUCUGCUGCUGGCUCGGCGCCUGCUUCAAAGACUAGGUCUGGACACCUUGUACACUGGUACCACAGAUGUCACUGGUGAUGAAUACAAUGUAGAACCUGUUGACAAUGGACCUGGAGCAUUCAGAUGUUACCUGGAUGUGGGCCUUGCACGAACAACUACCGGUGCUCGUGUGUUUGGUGCCAUGAAGGGUGCAGUGGAUGGAGGUCUCAAUGUCCCACAUUCAGUCAAAAGAUUCCCUGGUUACGAUGCUGAGGCAAAGAAAUUCAAUGCUGAAGUUCACAGAUCCCACAUCUUUGGUCUCCACGUGGCUGAGUACAUGCGUAACUUGGAACAAGAAGAUGAAGAUGCCUUCAAGAGACAGUUUGGCAAAUACAUUAAAUUCGGAGUUACUGCUGACGCUAUUGAGACCAACUACAAGAAAGCGCAUGAGGCCAUCAGGGCUGACCCGUCACACAAGAAGAAGGAAGCCAAGAAGGAUGCUGGCAAGCAGAAGCGCUGGAACAAACUGAAACUCACCCUUGCGGAGAGGAAGAACAGGAUCAAGCAGAAGAAGGAGACUUACAUCAAGAAACUGCAGGCUCAGGCCGAGGCUUCUUAAGUGGCGCAAUUAAAAUAAAAGCCAUUGAACAGGA